GGACAUCGCCGGCGUCGACCUCUCGCCGCAAGACAUACCGCAAGUGGUGAACGACUUCGACAUCGGCGAUGAGGUGGAGAUGGGAAACAUUCCCAUUCAGAAUAGGGAAGAGUUUUUGGCAAAAGUCGACAAACGGGUCAAAGAGUAUAAGAUUAAGAUGUUGUCCGAACCCAGGAGUGGCAAAAAGCUAUUGGUUCUGGACAUCGAUUACACGCUUUUCGACCACAGAUCAACCGCUGAGUGCGCGGCACAACUCAUGCGACCAUACCUUCACGAAUUCCUGACCACCGCUUACGAGGACUACGAUAUCGUCAUUUGGUCGGCGACGGGUAUGAAAUGGAUUGAAGUGAAAAUGAGAGAACUCGGGGUCGAGAAGAAUACCAAUUAUAAGAUACUGUUCUAUUUGGACAGCUCGGCGAUGAUCAGUGUCCACACACAGAGAUACGGUUUAGUCGACGUGAAGCCAUUGGGUGUGAUUUGGGGUAAAUUUAAGGAAUAUUCCGCUAAGAAUACCAUUAUGUUUGACGACAUCCGCAAGAAUUUCCUAAUGAAUCCGCAGAACGGACUCCGGAUU